CUUUCCUUUACGAGCCGACUUAAACCGCAUCCCCCCAAAGAAUAGAGACUAAAUGCAAAGUCACUUUCAUGAAUUCAAAGGCAAUUUACCAGUGAUUUCUGGGUGCUGGGGCUGAUUUUUUGUCCGUAUUUAAGAAUGUCUUCCAAGCAAGCCACCUCUCCGUUUGCCUGUGCAGCUGAUGGAGAGGAAGCGAUGACCCAAGAUUUGACCUCAAGGGAAAAGGAAGAGGGCGGUGAUCAACAUGUGGCCUCCCAUCUGCCUCUGCACCCCAUAAUGCACAACAAACCUCACUCUGAGGAGCUACCAACACUUGUCAAUACCAUUCAACAAGAUGCUGACUGGGACAGCGUUCUGUCGUCUCAGCAAAGAAUGGAGUCAGAGAAUAAUAAGUUAUGUUCCCUGUAUUCCUUCCGAAAUACCUCUACCUCACCACAUAAGCCUGACGAAGGGAGUCGGGACCGCGAGAUAAUGAGCAGUGUUACUUUUGGAACCCCAGAACGCCGCAAAGGGAGCCUUGCCGAUGUGGUGGACACACUGAAACAGAAGAAGCUUGAGGAAAUGACUCGGACUGAACAAGAGGAUUCCUCCUGCAUGGAAAAACUACUUUCAAAAGAUUGGAAGGAAAAAAUGGAAAGACUAAAUACCAGUGAACUUCUUGGAGAAAUUAAAGGUACACCUGAGAGCCUGGCAGAAAAAGAACGGCAGCUCUCUACAAUGAUUACCCAGCUGAUCAGUUUACGGGAGCAGCUCCUGGCAGCGCAUGAUGAACAGAAAAAACUGGCAGCCUCACAAAUUGAGAAACAACGGCAGCAAAUGGACCUUGCUCGCCAACAGCAAGAACAGAUUGCAAGACAGCAGCAGCAACUUCUGCAGCAGCAGCACAAAAUUAAUCUCCUGCAGCAACAGAUCCAGCAGGUUCAGGGUCACAUGCCUCCGCUCAUGAUCCCAAUUUUUCCACAUGACCAGCGGACCCUGGCAGCUGCCGCUGCCGCCCAGCAGGGCUUCCUCUUCCCCCCUGGAAUAACAUACAAACCAGGUGAUAACUACCCUGUGCAGUUCAUUUCGUCAACAAUGGCAGCUGCUGCUACUUCUGGACUCAGCCCUUUGCAGCUCCAGCAGCUCUAUGCCGCUCAGCUGGCCAGCAUGCAGGUGUCACCUGGAGCAAAGAUGCCGUCAGCUCCACAGCCACCAAACCCAGCAGGGGCAGUCUCACCUACCGGGAUAAAAAAUGAAAAGAGAGGGACCAGCCCUGUAACUCAAGUUAAGGAUGAAGCAGCAGCGCAGCCGCUGAAUCUCUCUUCCAGACCCAAGACAGCUGAGCCUGUGAAGUCCCCAACAUCUCCCACCCAGAGCCUCUUCCCAGCCAGCAAAACCAGCCCCGUUAAUCUGCCUAACAAAAGCAGCAUCCCCAGCCCCAUUGGAGGAAGCUUGGGAAGAGGAUCCUCUUUAGAUAUCCUGUCCAGUCUCAACUCCCCCGCCCUGUUUGGCGAUCAGGACACAGUGAUGAAAGCCAUUCAGGAGGCUCGGAAGAUGCGCGAACAGAUCCAGCGGGAACAACAGCAGCACCAGCCGCAUGGUGUGGAUGGGAAACUGUCCUCCGUGAAUAAUAUGGGGCUGAACAACUGCAGGAAUGAAAAGGAAAGAACACGCUUUGAGAAUUUGGGGCCCCAGUUAACAGGAAAGUCAAGUGAAGAUGGAAAGCUGGGCCCAGGUGUCAUCGAUCUUACGCGGCCAGAAGAUGCAGAGGGAAGUAAAGCAAUGAAUGGCUCUGCAGCUAAACUACAGCAGUAUUAUUGUUGGCCAACAGGAGGCGCCACUGUGGCUGAAGCGCGAGUCUACAGGGAUGCCCGCAGCCGGGCCAGCAGCGAGCCCCACAUCAAGCGACCAAUGAAUGCUUUCAUGGUUUGGGCGAAGGAUGAGAGGAGGAAAAUCCUUCAGGCCUUCCCCGACAUGCAUAACUCCAACAUUAGCAAAAUCUUAGGGUCUCGCUGGAAAUCCAUGUCCAACCAAGAGAAGCAACCUUACUAUGAAGAGCAGGCCCGGCUAAGCAAGAUCCACUUAGAGAAGUACCCGAACUAUAAAUACAAACCUCGACCGAAGCGCACCUGCAUUGUUGAUGGCAAAAAGCUCCGGAUCGGGGAGUAUAAGCAACUCAUGAGGUCUCGGAGGCAGGAGAUGAGGCAGUUCUUUACUGUGGGGCAGCAGCCUCAGAUUCCAAUCACCACAGGAACAGGUGUUGUGUAUCCUGGUGCUCUUACUAUGGCAACUACCACACCGUCACCUCAGAUGACAUCUGACUGCUCUAGCACCUCGGCCAGCCCAGAGCCCAGCCUCCCGGUCAUCCAGAGCACUUACGGUAUGAAGACGGACGGCGGGAGCCUAGCUGGAAAUGAAAUGAUUAAUGGAGAAGAUGAAAUGGAAAUGUAUGACGACUAUGAAGACGAUCCCAAAUCAGACUAUAGCAGUGAAAAUGAAGCCCCGGAAGCAGUCAGUGCCAACUGAGGAGUGUUCGUUUGCUGAAUUAAAAUACUUUGACAUUUCACCUCCCCUCCCCCAACAAAAAGUUCUUAAAGAGCCCGCAUGCAUUUGUGGCUCCAUAAUUACAUCAGCAGAAUGGUCUUAAUUGUUUCGUAAAGUGUGAGACAGAUUAAGUUUUCCCGGAUUUUUCAUGAACUUGAGUUUUUGUCGUUAUUGUUAUUGUUGUUGUUGUUGUUGUUUUAAUUUAGGUGAAGACAUAUUAAAUAUGAGACACCAGGACUUGAAAACUUAUCUCAACCCAUAGCUGUCUUACAAGUCUUAUAUUUUUGUCU